GUUAAAUUGAUCUGAAAUGCUUUAAAAUAGAAACCAAGACCAAAAAGAUAUGGAGCAGAAAGGAAGCCUAAAAUUCAAAUGGAUCUGAGACGAGCCAGAUUUUGAUAUAAAACAUUGAUGCGCCUAUUGGGAAGUGGUGCAACACUAGAGACUUUGCGGACUGAUUAAAGGAACUUUCUGGGUUUAAACAGUCAGAAGAACCUAUAAAACAGAAUUCAAGCCACAUUAAUAUCCAAAAUACUUAAAUAUAUUAAUUAGAGGAGUAACAAUACAUUGAUUCACAUCAGUACACCAAUUUAACACUUAACUAUUCUAUUAUAUUGAUGCAAGUUGUAAACACCAACCCACAAAACAUCAUCUUCAAGAUUUACCUUUAUUUUGAAAUUCAAAAGGCACAAGACAAUACAGAACGGUUAAUCUAUUAAUAUUUCUUUCAUUUUUGGUGGAAUUAAGAUGAUUUAGUUGACUGUAAGAGAGUAGAAAUAAAAUGGUAAAAUUGUAAUGUCUUAUUUGUAAGUCGAUAUCAACUUGAAUAGCUGUUUCAGAUGUGCAUAUGGUAUCACAACAUAUGUUUGCAUACUUAUAUAUUGAACUGAAUGAAAAUUGUAUGGUAAAGAACUUUUUGAUAUAUGUAAAUAUCGUAUCAUCAAUAUGUUAAAAUAGGAAAAUGCCUGUGAAAUGUGGGUUUUACUAAGAAAAUUAUCACAAACCCACCAAUAAAUGAACAAUAUCUUUACUUUAGCUAAAAAAAAUUUAACAUUGUGGAGUUGGCAGCCCAAACAACAACCCUAAAUAUAGAAGAGAACUGUGAUGUCACCACAGAUCAAUUUUUUUUUACAAGAAUUGCUAAAGUUUUAAUGUUUUGUUUUGGAAUAUUAUGUGCCAUAUUUUCAAUUCAUUUGCAUUUAGGGGAGUAAAAGGUCACCAAUACAAAUGGACAGUAUUUUGGUUUAUUUAGGAUGCAGAGUUUUUGCAUACUAACUAAAGAUUAUGUCUAUUUAUUAAUUUAACCCUAAUAUGGCUUCUUCAGGUAUGUUAAAAACUAAGAACCAUUCACAUAAAUGUCUUUACAUUUAUUUAUUUAUUAAUGAAUACAUAUUUAUUUUGAACUAAACACCAAAAAAGGCUGUUCUACACACAUGGAAUACAAAUAAUUGAUUUAGCAACCCCAGUGCCUAGUUCAAAUGUUUUAAUCCAAAUCCAGAGUAUAAAGCCCAUGUCUGAUUUAGAAUGAGGGGAUUUAUUAGAGACUCUUGAGGCACGUGCAGAGACAGCUACCCUGCUUUGGGACAACCACUUUGCAUUAUCAGAUGAGCCCCAAAGAAGAGGAAGAGGAGGAGUGGACAGCAGAGGAGGCACAAAGGUCAUUCCCUUGCUCAGAGAAGUGAGGUAGAUUACAGUCAGGGGUGUAGGACCCACAGUGAGCAGAUAUUUGACCAUUGUUUAAACUGCAGUAUUAAAUCCCAGUACAUAAUUGUGAAGCUGCUGUUCACAAGAGUAACAUGACAAAGCAGGUCAGUGGCUCGCCUUUCCUGAAGCCCUUCUUUUUGAAGACACCCGUCAGAGUGGUCAGACCUCUGCAGCAGAGACGACACACGCUCCCCGCCAGUGAGUUCAGAAAUCUCACCCCACAGGAUGCAAUCAGUGUGUUCGAAAUUGAAAGAGAAGCUUUUGUGUCCGUCUCUGGCGAGUGUCCACUUACACUGGAUGAAGUGCUUAAUUUUCUGGGGCAGUGCCCAGAGCUGUCUCUGGGUUGGUUUGAGGAGGGACAGUUGGUGGCCUUCAUUAUCGGCUCCGGUUGGCACAAAGAAAGGCUUUCAAAGGAGGCCAUGACUCACCAUGUUCCAGAUACCCCCACUGUGCACAUCCACGUGUUGUCAGUGCACCGCCACUGUCGACAGCAGGGCAAAGGCUCCAUUCUUUUGUGGCGCUACCUGCAGUACUUGCGCUGCAUGCCAGGCCUCCGCCGAGCUCUGCUCAUCUGCGAGGAUUUCCUGGUGCCCUUCUACCAAAAGGCCGGCUUCAAGGAAAAAGGGCUGUCUGAGAUCUCUGUGUCCAGCAUGCAGUUUAUGGAGAUGGAGUACAUGCUGAACGGGCAGGCGUAUGCACGACGGAAUAGCGGCUGCUAGUCAGUUGCUAUAACUGGACUCAUGACAGACCCAUGCAUUAAUGAACUGGGCUCAACAUUUAACCAAUGAGAGAUGUCUGGGUGGAAUGAGUGGACUGAGUGGAUACAGGCAACAAAAAGCUUUUUACUAAUAAUGUGGCUCAUAAGACAUAAUAUAAUUGUAUUCUUUGUUAUCAGUUGCUUAUGAGCUUUGAUUUUAAUGCUUUUCAUUAAGUUAUACUGUAGUUUGUGUUGAUGGGGGAAACAAAUACAUAAAAAAAUUAUUAAAUUACAACAUAAACUUAAAAAAAAAAGAAACUGUUUCACUGUUUGAUUUUAA